AUGGCGUGUUUCUUUGCGUUAAUUGACACGGAAGUGGAACAAAGACUGGAGGUAAGAGUAGACUCAGUCAAUUUUUGUUUAAACUUCUUUGCCGUACCACAAAGUGGUGGGUGUGGUAGGUAUUCCUGUGGAUGCACAGUGCAGACUGAACAAACAAACACAGCGAAGAUCCCUAUGAAAAUUGUUUCGAUUUCUGGAUCAAGCUCCAAUUUUGAAGACAACCCAGGUCAGAUGACAUGCCAUGUUUUCGUUCCCCACUAUGCCUCUUCUCGCUUUUCUAUGCUUCAUUCUCCAAACCCAUGUUUUUCGCUUUCUUAG